UAUAAUGAUCCCGAUCUUUCUGUCGAAGCUUCGAAAACUAUCGCCUAGAAACCCAUAAAGAACUAACACAAGCUUGAGCUGGCUCAGUUCCGUGUCCGUGUCCCAACCCCAACCUCACCUCCCAAACUCUAAACACUGUUAUUGUCCAUCAAAAGUUACAGAUAAUACGAAGAAAUGACGGAUAUUACAUUGAAAAUAAACAAAUAUAUUUCCGAUUGUUGGACGAACAUUUUUGCUGAGGUUCGCAAUGCAGCAGUUUAUAUUGAUUAUUGUGCAAUUGAGUGUUUGCACUGGUACACAGCUGGCAAAGGAUAUUUAGCAUUGAAGGAUGCUGGAGCGAUUGCAGUCUAUGAAUUUGGCAUGCAUCAUUUUCGAUAUGAGCAAGUCAAAGGUACCAAGAAAGCUGUAAUUAUAUCAACUUCAGGGGAUCCAGCAUUUUAUCAGCGAACAAUAAAAAUGAUUCUGGCCAAAAAUACAUUUGACGUCUGCUUACUUUACUGCAGUGCACCUUGUUGUACCGUCAGUUCUACAGGAAUAUUUCCCAUUGAACAGGAAUUAAAUUACAUUAAUUUAAAGAGAGAUAUUAAGACUUGGAUGGCCUCAGGAAAUAUUUUCAAAGAAUUUAUUGUUGAUAUUACGUAUAUACCAAUUUUUAUUGCAUUUUUAAAUAAGGAUUUGUUUGUCACGCCUCCUUUUGGAGAUAUGAUGCCGCCUUUAGAUACAAACAUUCCAAAUGACACAUUGAUUAAUUUGAAUCUGUUGGCAUAUUCAUUUUGUAAUCUUUUUGACAGUAUAAAUGCCACAAUUGAUGUUUAUUCAAUUGGAAGGCUAAGUGAUCAUCUUGCAGAGAAUGUAGAAAAUUAUAUAUCUAGUAUAAAUCAACGAGCUGUUUCCUCAGAAGUUCCAGAAAUAGGGGUCUCCCUUAUCUUGGUUGAUAGAACAUUGGAUCUUUGUACAGCUACUAGCAAUAGUACCGAAUCUUUCCUCACAAAAAUAUUACGAACACUUCCACGGUUGCCACAUCAUGACAAUGAUGUGGCUAUUAAUAUGGAACCUGUGUUUGGAACGGCAACGGAAUCUUUGAAAUCCUACAAUGUACCAGGGUGUUUAGCGAGCGUAGAAAAAAAUAUGAUGGACCUUUUUAUUUCACAAAAGGAAAAAAUGUUAUUAAACAAAGCUAAUCAAUUAUUGAAUGACAUGGUUUUGACGAAAGAUAGUCCUAAGUUGAAAAUGUCAACUAGAAUUUCUGGACGUAGUUUGGAAAAAGUUCUUAACAAGAUUCAAACUACAAAUAACGAUUCUCUGACAGUGUAUAUAGAGAAACUAGAGUGUAUUUUAGCAAUAAUUGAAGCAUCAACAUCGCAAACGGCUGGGCAGCAAGAGUUACUUACCAGCUUAGAGAAAUUAGCUUUACAGAAUCUUUCCGUCAGUCGCGAAUCCUCGAGCAUAUUGUUACAGUUGAGUAACAUUAUUCGAACUCGAAUUCACAGAGGGUUGAAUACUGAGAAUUUACUGGCAUUAUUAAUACACGUUUAUGCUCUUGCGGGAACGCAGAUUCGGUUUUCCACACAACAAGAACGUCAGCUAAUAGAAUCAGUUGCGGAUGCGAUUUUUGAAGAUCUCCAGGCCUUAAAGGAAAACCCUUUUACUAGUACUAAAUCAACUUAUCAACGCACUUUAUUACUAUCAGGAGCAAACGAUGUUCCUGCAGCACGAGAAACAGCGUGUAGAAUCGCAACGCGUAUUAGUGAUAUUCUCCGAUUAAUAGCAGAACAACGUUUGACACUGCAAGACUACAGAUACUUCAUGACAAAUUCUCAAGAAGUGAUUAAACACACUGGAAUUCUGGAACAAAUAACUAAGGAUGUGUUCAGUGCAGAUAGGACUCGAGAAUUGCGGGAUAUUCGUAAAAAAUCAGCUUCGCUUAUCUCAGCUGGUUUUAAUUUACUUCUUGGAGGCAAAACAAAGCGGCAUCCUCAUUCUAAUCCUUAUGUUUUAAUAUAUGUUGUUGGAGGAAUUACUGCUGAUGAAGCAAAAAUAGUACAAGAGGUAGCUUUGGCACAUGUUAAUAAGCAAUCACCAAAUUUAAUAUUAGCUGGUUCCAGAUUAUUAAAUCCUUUGGAUGUUGUAGAUAAAAUAUUCUUUUGUUAGUUUCUUCUGAAUAAAAAAAGUUUAUUAAAUAUAA